CCCUAAACCGCUACGAAUCAAUAUUUUUGGAGUUUCUAUAUUAUUAGAUAAAAUGGAGUUUACUGUAUUGAUUGGUACAACAGUUGUGAUUUUAAUUUCUUUAGGAAAUAUGAAUAUAAGUUCAGGCACUAAGGAUGCCGAUGAGAAAUUAUCAUGUAACCCGUAUAGCGCUCUUAUCAUAUGGUACACUGGUAGCGGAGAAGAUAAUUCCUUUUUUCAACAGAGAAGAUUGUUGGUAGUGUUAAUAAGUGACUUUCCUGAAAACACAAGUGUAUCAAUCGUCACAAUUGGCGCUAAAGAUGAUAUAAGACUACAGUUUAGAAAACAAGAUAGAAUUACGAAUUGGAGAGACAAAAUUUUACAUCAUGUGCCGGGAACGGCAUCGAAUCAUACAUUACCUUACACAGAAAUACAAAAGGCAAUACUAUACCAUAAGACUAAUUCUAGUGAAGCAGAACUUGUUUAUCUUCUAGUUAAUGGCAAAACUGUAAUACGCGAUGUAGGAAACAAUGGUAUUAAAGAGCUUCGGAAAAAGAAAACGUUUGUUGUGUUAUGUGAAAUUCAAACGGAAAAUAGAUCACACACGUGGUUAAAAUUUGCUAGCAAUGAAAAUUAUUUUAUCGCAUUGGACAGUAUAACAGGAGAUGUCAAUAAAACGAAGGAAAUAAUUCUGGCCAGGUCCUGUCAAGAUUCAAAAUUUGUCUGCGACACUGACAUGUACUGGUCAAGUGACAGGAAAGGAUGUAAUGCAUGCACAUAUAUAUGUUCCAGUACCUGCAAGGUACAACCGGAGUAUUGCUUUUAUGCGUGUCCAUUUUUUCACAAAUAUAAGCUUGCAAAUAAUAUUAACAAGGACAAGGAUUACACAAGUGAGCCAUUACAAGAACAUGCUAGGGAAGCAUCCGACAAUAACUCUUGGCUAAUUAUUACCCUGGUUGGCAUUGUAUGUAUACUAGUAUUAGCCACAGUUGCCCUCGUAUACAAGAAAAAGGAAAAGUUAUGGAGCUUCAAACACUAUGUAUGGAGUUUUAAAGAAAGAAGAAAAUUCACAGAAGACGAGGUCAGUGAGCUCAAUGAACAGCAAAACAAUUGAAAAUAUAAAAUGUCAUCUACUGAAUCCUAUCAUAGACGCCAGCAUGAGUUACAACGUAACUCACACAGUGUCAUUUAACCGGAACUGACUGUAUUACAUCAACACUGACCUUGAAAUUGUGAUUAAUGUAAUGUAGUGAUGGGAAUUCUGAUAAACAUAUAUUGGUUUAAACAUAUUUAUAUAAGCCCUAUUUCGAAACAAGUUUUUGCAACUUAAAUUAAUCACUUUUGAGUCCGCUUCCUGGAACCAACCAGUGCUGGUUCCUGUCCGUGCUCUGCCUUGUGCCCUGUCCCGUUUUUGUUUUGGGUACGUCUUGGCUUCUUGCUACUGGUUCUUGUUGCUGGGUCGUGUUGGGGUUGCGCUCAGCGAAUGCCGCCUUUCCUUGUUGAUCUUGUUAAUCAUAUUUCAUAUAAAGAAACAGGGUCGUGAAACGAUUAACCACAAGGCCACCGUUCCCCUAACAUAUUUUAAUAAAUUAAAGCUUCGACCGUGGCGUGCCAUGGUCAGUACUUUUCGGAGUUGGAGGUAAAAUGACGUCAUAAAGUGAAUAGCGGUUAAUUCCUGUAGGGUAAGUCACAUCUAUGUUUAUUUUUCAUAACAUUUAGAUAGUAAAUUCGUUUAAAUGUGCUGUUUGUCUGCAAAAAUUGUAAAAUGUGUUGUCAAACCGAACUUCUGUUAAAAUAAAAAUGCAUUAUUUAGGAUACAAAAUGUCUUUAGUUGUCUGCAAUGAGUUAAUAUUUAACAUUAUAAUGUUCGCUGAAUGAACAAAAUUGUAAACUAGACUUUAGAAUAUGUCCGCAGCUAUUCACAAUACUUAUUUCUUUAGUAUUUAUCAGUUUAUGUUUCUCUAAAUAUCACUACUAUUAGUUCUUAAGUUACAAUUAAGGGUUAGGGUUGGUGUUACAUAGAUCAGGCUAAGUGCUAUGGGUUAGGGUUAGAGGAUUAGUACACAUGAAUUUUACUGCGGACAGAUUCUGUUAGCAUACAUUAAAUAAGGCGUAUCUUACUCCAGUGUCGUUUUAGUUUUGCAGUUGGCAUUCACUAAGGUUAUUACGCUAGAUAAGCAGUUGACAUUAUUUAGUAACACUUUCCAUCAGAUAAGCGAGUAAACCUAGGCUUAAUAGCAAUUCGUCGCCUAUUAAAGUUAUAAUUCGCUGUCUACCAAUGAUUACUUAGUAGACAUCUUUAUACAUUAUGUUUCUUUACUGACAUACAGGCGAUUGAAUAUUUUAAAUGACAGGUAAAUACAAAAUAGUAGAGUUACUUGUAAAAGUAAAAAAAAGCUAUAUAUCAAUGAAUAAUAUAAUAGCUUAUUGAAAUAAUAAACAAUUGAUAGUUAUUUAUCUACAAAAAAAGUUUACUGCUAAUUAAACACAUUGUAUCUUGUUAAAUUGACGGAUACGAAAGCUGUUAUAUUACAGUACUAUUAUUUUAGCUAUAGUCAUUCUGUUUAAUUGGAUAUCGUUUGAAAAUAAAAUCAAAACGCCCACAAUUAGAAAAAAAUGUUGUUAUUUUAGAUCACAUUGUUGCAUUUAUGUGACCUGAUUGUAGAUAAUUUAUAAUUAUUAUUAUAAUUAUUAUUAUUAUUAUUGUUGUUGUUGAUAUUUAUUAAGAACUGUACUUAGUUAAGAUCUGUAUGCAAAUAACUGUUACAUACCUCAUGCAUUUAAAAUAUGUUAUGUAAUAUUGUCAAUAAA